UCUGGUUCGAAACGCGUCGAUGGUGGUCGCGGUGGUCAGCUCCGAGAGCUUCAAGUCGAGUCGAUUCGAGUAAUAAUAGCAGGUAGUAGUUAGUUUACGGUCCGCGUUCGUGUGCGAUUAUCGAAUCCAAUUCACAGAGACACCGACCGCCGCGCAGUGGACCAGAUAGAUUUUUGCAGUACGAUGCUGAUUAGUGGCAGCCGCGUUGCGGGUGUGUUUGCGGGUGCAACCGCGUAUUAGCUCACGGUGUGUCACGGGGUGUGAAAGGGUGCGAGGCUGCACUGCCCAUGUGGUCCAACCGGCGAGGAGGAGUGCUUAUCGUUAAUAUAAACAGCAAAAAAAACGAAUUUAUAAUAGCGGAGGAGGAAAUUCGCGAGAUUUUCGGUUUCGAAUUUCGCCGCACUUAGCUUAAGAUUAGUAAGUGCCUCUGCAAAAUAAAAGCUCGUGUACCCGUGCGGAUUGUGUAUACAUACAGAGAGAGAGAAGAAAAAGUUAGUUCUACUCUGUUAAGUGACGUGGUUCGAUAUCGUUUAUAAUUAAAAUAAACCGGAACGCUAGAGCCGACAUAGGUGGAAGGACCACGCGCAAACAAAAGAAAAAAAAACGAACCGAUCUAAAGCCGCCAUAAAUUAGCAUUGGAGACCAAUUAGUUGUGUUUUUUUUUGUUCGUCGAGUCUUAUCAGUCGUGUUUCGCGUCGGUACACUGUUUGUAUGUACCUUUAAACACUUAAACAGUUGAAUUUGAAAUUGCUGGAAUAAAUUGGCGUCCACUUUGGAUGCAUCGCAAACCCAAGCAACCAGUGGAUACUCAAUUAGAACGGUCGGUCGUCGUUGUCAGGCAACCGAGUUUAUGCCACUUAUAGCAGUGGCUGCGCGUGGAACCGAACACAUCGCUAUUGUCAGUGGAGCCGCGGCGGUGCAGCGUGUUUUGUUCUGUCAGGCGACUGAUUUGUGACCAUGCAGCCAAAUGAGAGAGAGCGCGGGCUUGAACUUGAAUGAAGAAACACACGGAGCAAAUACAGUACAUCGUUGGUUGAUGGUAGUGUGUGUGUGUGUGCGAAUGGACUGAAUCCCGGCUUCGUGUUGCUUUCGGAAAAGUAAUCGCGGCGAUUGUAGCGGCUGCCGUAAACUGGUGAAAUGGUAUCAGUGCGAACCUUGCGGGAAGUAUAAAUUACUUCUUCGGAUGUAAAUCUGUUUAUGACAACGUCCAACCAUCGGCGGUCGACCUCGUUCGCGACUAUGCCACCGGUGAUGACUGACAGCCAGCAGGGUUCCAUCGAAGAUAUACAGAUUUCUCUGGCGCCGUACAUUCAAAGCUACCUGACGCAAACCAACCGGAGGCACUCCUGCUGCAGCGUGAUGCUCCCGGUAACUUUCGAACGGGCCGCACCGCGGUCCUGUUUUGAUCCGCGCUUCGACUCACCGGUACUCGAGGGUCAAUACCAGGCGAGCGUUUUCCCCCAGCUUCGACUCAAAUUCAGAUUCGCCCUGUUCUAUAUCCUGCUCUGUUCGUUGGUGUGGCUUCUGUACUUCCUGUUCGAUGGCGGGCCCACACAUUACACCCUGCUGACGGUUUCGAUCGGCCUAAUAAUCGUGUUCGGCCUAGUCGGCAUGUGGCUGACCCACACGGAUAUCUACCGGGCCUACACCAAUGCUAUUUCAUCGUGCUGUGCGGUUCUACUGUGUGUGUUUUCGUUGAUCCUACUGCUCUUCACUGGCGAUGCACUCAGCCCGCUCGGUCACUUUUCGAUUUGUAUCGAAAUUGUGAUGCUGAUCUAUACCAUGAUUCCACUGCCACUAUGGAUGUGCUGUAGUAUUACGUCCGUUUAUUCGGUGUGCUUCGAAGUGUUGUCCUACUUUCAUCAGACCCACUAUGAUCAACAGUCGAGCUUGGAAGCGUUGGGCCGACUGGAUCAGAAGAUGGAUCACACCAAUAACUUUGUGUACAAGAUUAUGACAAUCCGGAUAUUAAUUCAGCUGUGUGUGCACUUGCUUGGGGUGCAUAUCCUGAUAAUGACGGUGGUUCGAAUGCGGGGGACGUUUAUGAAGGUGGGACAGAAUCUACUGGUACGAAGGCAGUUGGAGAUGGAGAAGCAGCUGAAAGAGAAGAUGAUUCACUCGAUGAUGCCUCCGAAGGUGGCUGAUCUGCUGCUGAAGGAGAGCGGGAGCGUUGUGAAAGGCAUGAGCUUUGAUCAUUGUCCUCCACCGAAGCGGACUACUCCGCAGGAUUUAAAGAGCCUGUUCCGGCCGUUUCAUAUGAACAGUAUGGAUAAUGUGAGUAUUUUGUUCGCGGAUAUUGUGGGCUUUACGAGAAUGUCCUCGAACAAAACUGCCGAGCAGUUGGUGGAGAUUUUGAAUGAUCUAUUCGAGCGGUUCGAUGAUCUGUGCAUGCUCAACGGGUGCGAGAAAAUUUCUACACUUGGAGAUUGCUACUACUGUGUUUCCGGGUGUCCGGAACCAAGACCGGAUCAUGCCAUUUGCUGCGUGGAGAUGGGACUCGGUAUGAUCGAGUCGAUACGGGUGUUUGAUGCCCAGCGGCACGAGGGUGUUAAGAUGCGGGUCGGAGUGCACACGGGGACGGUGCUGUGCGGAAUUGUUGGAACCAAGCGGGUAAAGUUUGACGUGUGGAGCAACGAUGUUACGUUGGCUAACAGAAUGGAAUCCAGCGGAAGACCAGACCAGGUGCACGUUUCGGAGGAGACCUGCAGCUUUCUUGGUGACUCGUAUCUCAUCGAAGAAGGCGAUGAAGUUGAUGGUCACCGAACGUACUUUGUCCUCAGCAAAAAGCAAGAACUGCUCAGUUCAACCACGGAAGGCCUUUCGAGCAUCGAUCUACAGGGGGAAACCGUGAACGCGCUUGUCUCAUCACUGCUAGAAGCGGACAGUUUCGCGCGGCAACACGGUGGAUCUCUAUCCCCUGCAACGGACUGUCUUUCACAGAGUGCAACAAAUCUAUCCAGCAUCCAACCGGCAGUUCCGCCGGCAUCUCCUGCUGGACCCGUGUCGACAUCCCUGAAUCCAUCACCAGUUUCCAGCCCCCGACCUCGGAUAGCUUCACUUUCGAAGAUGACCAAAUUUCUGAAAGGAGGUAAGAAUCACAACCAGCGGGAUGUGGAAAAGCCCAAGAUCAUCGUCAGCACCAAGUCGAUGCCAAACGGAAUCGAUUCGGACGAAGGAGAGGAGGACACUGGGGUAAUGGUAGUUAACGAAAAGGGUUCAAAAUUUAAGAGUUGGAAGGUAAGCAAACUAUUGAAAAAGAUUGAAUCGUCAGGUGGAGGUCAGGUGACCUCACCUCUGGCUCCCGAGCUAGAGAACAAAGACUGUGAUAGUAGUAGGAAAUGUGAAGAAGUGCCAUGUGUAUUAGAGCAGAGCGGUGGCUACCAGCAGUUGCCAAUUGUGAUCGUUACCCCGAGACCGAGCAGCAUAAAGUUGGACGUGUCGAGUUGUUCGGUUGCAGGAGCCGCGCGAACACGCGAUCGGGAGGGCUCGAAGUCUCUCAGUGCCGGUGGUGCUGCUGCUGGAGCUGAGGGUAGGCAUUCCAGCCUUAGUCAAAAUUCCGUUUUCGAUGAUAUCAUCGAUGUGAGGUCGUACAUAUCUCAGAGUCGAAGCGAUAUAUCACCUUUCGCGCGGACGGGAAGCUAUCGGUCGCAGUGCGACAAAGUUUCACUGGUGACUGAGGGACAAAGUGGAAGACCUCGAAGUUCCACAAUCGCGGCGAACAGUGUAGAUAUGAGUAGUAGAAACAGUUCGAUGUGUCAAGGAGGUCGAUUGCUUUGCGAUGGGGCAAGUUUAUGUCCCUCGGCAACGUCCCGAAAAGAUUCCGGUAUUCGAUCGAACAGUAGACGAUCUAGUAUUCAGCAUCAAAUCAUGCUGAUGAACCAAAAUGCGGCUCUAUCUGUCCACCGAGUGUCCGGAUAUUUUACCAGUUCUCAGUCUAGUCUUUCUGUGAUGGUUGGAGCAGCAUCUGCGACUGACCCGGAACCGGUUAUAGCUGUGAAAACGAACGGAGAUGUGAACGAUAUUCGUUGUGUGAUUAAGGAACACCAUCCGGAUCCGCUGGCAGCAUGUUUACAGCAACUGCGCAAACAAUCCGAUCUGCAGCUCAUUCGCUGCGUACGUGACAAUGCACGUAGCCAGCGAAGUUAUCUGGUGAAACCACCUCUCCUACCAAUCUCUCUUCGCUUUAAAUCUCGUCAGAUGGAGCACGAAUUUCGCUCGAAAGCUCAUCGUUUCGGCAGUGAGUCUGAACUGGAAGGUGGUCCUCCGACCCUAGCCACACCUAAAUAUAACACCUACAUAGACAUUUUCGUUUCUUUUCUAAUAUACCUAGCGACAUCAACGUCCCUCUUUCUUCUGUCACCCUCGGUUUACCUGGAGUCGUACAAAGUUUGGGUUUGCAUCUUUGUUAGCUUUACGGCGGUUCAGAUAUUCGCGUUGUUCGUCUGUACCAAACAGGUCUGCCGAAGGACGCACCGAUUGGUUCAGACGUCGCGAACUGCUAUCAGUCGAAGUUGUUAUGAUACGAUCCUGCGAUUGAAUUGGUAUCCGUGGCAUAUUUGCGGAGCAUUUCUAAUGUCUCUUCCGGUUAUAUCGAUUCUGUCUAAUUUUGCCAUGAUGGACGUUAGUAAGUUCCGAAUCUUUGAGUUCCACUACGGGUUUCUGAUGUUUAUCUGCGUUAUUCACUUUUGCAAUUUCACUCAGUUGAACUGUUGGAUGCGGAAUUGUUUGGCUCUGGUGACUUCGGUGACGUUCAUUGGAAUCGCCGUUGGACAUAUGUGGAAGCCGAAAUAUGGGAUGAAUGAUGGGUUUAGCAAUGGGGUGAAUGGGAAUGAGACGACGCUGGCAGCUUUGAGUCAGUUAGAGCAGGCACAGUUCGAUUGGUUCAAUGACUAUCGAGUGGAGAUCUAUAUGGAUCUGUUUUUGUUGCUGGUUCUGGUAUGGUUCUUGAAUCGGGAGUUCGAAAUCAGCUACCGGUUAAGUUUCUACGGAAGUGCGGUAGCAAAUCAGGACAAAAUUCGAGUGCAGAACAUGAAGAAUCAGGCGGAUAUGCUGCUGCAUAAUAUUAUUCCGAAACAUGUUGCAGAGCAGUUAAAAAAUACGGCAAAGUAUUCGGAAAACCAUAAGAGCAUAGGAAUAAUUUUCGCUAGUAUCGUUAACUUCAACGAGAUGUACGACGAAUCGUACUUGGGUGGGAAGGAGUAUCUGCGAGUACUUAACGAGCUGAUCGGGGACUUUGACGAGCUACUCGCCAGACCGGAGUUUCGCUGUGUGGAGAAGAUCAAAACCAUAGGCAGUACGUUCAUGGCUGCGUCCGGAUUGGAUCCUGGCUGUCGAACCGAUAAUAACGAGCAUCUUUACACAUUGGUGGCUUUCGCGAUCGCCAUGCAGCAAGUGGUCGAUUCCUUCAAUAGGGACCUACUAGAGUUUAAUCUGAUCAUGCGAGUCGGGUACAACUUUGGUGAUGUUACCGCGGGGGUUAUCGGGACCAGUAAGCUGUACUACGACAUCUGGGGUGACGCAGUGAAUGUGGCAUCCCGGAUGGAUUCGACCGGUAUUCCCGGACGGAUACAGGUUGGCAGUGCGUGUGUUCCGGUACUCUCCGAACGGUACGAUUUCGAGCCUCGAGGGAAAGUUUACGUGAAGGGGAAAGAUCACAUGGAGGUGUAUCUGCUGGUGGGGCCAAAGCCGGAUCUGCUGGGAACAUCGGAGUUAGAUUUUGAUGCAAUGUAGGUAGAGGGAAUGUAGGAAACUUAGUAAACGUAAUCGGUACACUCCUGAGAAGCCGGGUCACUGCAGUGUUUAAGGUUUGUUUCGCUGUGUUAGUUUAGUCAACAGAUUACGAGUAGCUUGAGUGAUAGUUACGGACGCUUUUCGUGCUUUUUGAAUAUUGUAAGAAGUAGAGUCGAUCACGCACAUCAUUUUACUUCUUAAUAGUUUGACAUUUGUAAUGUGUUGCAAAAUGUGAUAGGGUUUACAAAAAAACUAAAGCAAAUAGUAUCAAAAGUUUAGGCGACUGGCUGCUUUGGAAAUGUGGAUUGUGGGACUUAAUCGUCAUUUGUUAAGCCUUCGCGAAUACAAGAAAAGACUAAAGAUGCAGUGUGUGGAAAAAUUUUACAAAUAAUUGGUUCUUCUGAAAUUAUGGCAAUUGGUCCCAAAAUUGUGUUAUUCAGUAAGAUUAUUUAGAAACACAGGAUCAAAAUACCGCACUAAGAUUGUAGAACCAAUAAGGCUUUGCUUUUGAUGUAGAUUGCAUAUAUCCUUUUACUAAUCUCUCAAUUUCAACAGAAAAGUAUCAUAAGAUUUUAACCUCUGUUGACAUUCUUUGUUCUGAUAGGAAUUGUUCACCUGUUUCCACUGUAUUAACGGGAUUAGUUACAGCAAUCUUGUAUUAAAUUUCUAUGCAUGGUACGACUGUCAAAGAGGAGGGAAAAUCAUUCUAAAGGUAUGCUGUCUUAAAUGCGCGACAACCUGCAAACAUUAGGAUGGUGCACAAAAUACUAAUAUGAAAAUGCAUUUCGUACAAAUGCUAAGUAGAAAAUACCGAUCAUAACCUGUAAUCCUUGCCUUUUUUGCUACUGGAGAGUUCAUUUUUUCGUUAUUCAAUUCAAACUUCCCAUUUGUCACAAAACGCUCUCCAUAACGAAUGUUCGCCGUUUUCAUUCUACCUGAAGAUACAGAAGGUUAGGGGCAAUCCACCAGGCACCAAAGAAGGUUUUAUCGCGUACCGCUUGUAGCCCAGCAUUGCGAUCCAAAUAAUCUCUAUAUGUUUCAGGGGACUUAUCUGAUGAUGAUGGUAAACGCUAACUUUUUCAACUACAGCUUGCUCAAUGCCUACGCGUUACCACUUGACAAAGCCGAUGAUGUGAGAGAUGUGCUCUAUGAGCACCUUGUCUACAUUACAUAAAUCGCUUCACCGGGAUUAUAUAAGUACAGGUCAGUAUUGGAAUAGAGAACUUCAACCUAGAGAACUUCAACUCAACAGUGACUCAAGCUUAACGUAUCCCGAGCUAGUUAGAAGCAUAGCUAUCUGCUACACCUAUUUUUCAAGAAAGACGAUUUAGAAACACACCUGGAGACACCUGAAUGACAAAAUGUGCUUCCAAAUCGACAAUGUUUCGAUAGACGGUCGAGAUUUCACCGAUGUCAUUGAAGACAGUAUCUUCCGAGAACCUAACAUUGACUCUGAUCGUUAUCUGGUGGUACGUAAGAUUCACACAAGACUUAUCAUAACUGGUUCCAGGUGUGAGCAAACUUUGCAACGGAACAUACAUUGAUAAGUCAACUGAGUGUAUUACUGAUGAUCCACGAGGUAAUUAGAACAACAGCCACAGAAGUGCUGGGUACCACACGAGAAACCCAACGGAAGUGCUGGUUCGACGUUGAGUGCCAUAGAACAACUUCGGAGAAAAAUCCAGACUCAAAUCUGAAUGCUCAGCUCAGUACGUGGAGCGACGUGGCGAACUGAGCUAAGGAAUAACUUCUUCGGCGCAAGAAACGUGAUUCCGAAGACAAGGUUCGCGCUGAGGCAGAGUAACGAGUUUCACUAAACUAUCUUUUCAUGCCUGGCAUCACCGGUUUGCUUGACUGCGCUACAGUCUAAAUCUGCUGUGCCAAACGAAUAACGUGGUGAACGAGAACAACAGAAUCCUCGAUCUCUGCAUUUCGAGCAAAUCUAACUACGCGCCAAAAAUUACCGCAGCACCGUUCCCUCAGGUGAAGAUUGUUGGACACCACCCUCCACUGCAUAUAGUACUUGAAGCCAAGAUGGAGAGAAAGGUGGGAACAUUUGACACUGUUGAGUGUAUUAGUAUUAUAUUUGUAAAAUUAAGCAUGGCGGCCGUGGCCCUUGAAGUAAAUUAACAUCCGACCGAGCAUCCUGAUUCUUUGGCGCACGAUGAAAAGUGAAAAAAAGGUCGAACUUCACCUCGGAUCUACCGACUAGAACACUUAUGGACACUUUUUACCUCCAAAAAAACCGAUUAAAUUAACUAUGACCGAACCGAAACAAAACUAAUGGUAACAGAAAGGCCCACUACGUCAUUUGUUUGUGCUUUUCUUCUCCAUAUCCUCUUGUUUCUUCGGCUUCAUUCGGCUUCAUCACGUUGCAGUUCAGACCUUUUCCAAUGUUUUAGCUAUGCUACCGAGACGAUCAAAAGCGACUAAAAGAGCCGCUCUGAAGAAGUACUCCAAUUUUGCGGGCUACGUGCUGCGACAACAUUACGCGCAUGUCAACCAAGUCUAAAAAUACAUCUUAGCUUUUUCAAGCCUGCGAAACGUACAACGUAAGUUGAAGUCCGAACCUAAAACAUUCUGGAAGUAUGUAAACGAGCAAAGAAAAUAAUGAAAAUGUAUGAGCUCUAGUUCACGGUAGAUUUGCUAACUAUUCUCUGAAAAGUUUGCGAGAGUUUUCUCCAACGAAAAACUGGCACCGACCCAGAUUUCAUGUGUGGCACUUAAUGUACUUCAAUCAUACCAGUGAAUGAAGUCUUCAACCUCGGCAGACCCAGAUGAUAUACCAACUAUUAUUCUUAAAAAAUGCUCUGCCGGUCUAAUUGAACCUCUUUGUCAUCUGUUUCAAUUGUCGCUAACAACCGAAGUAUUUCCCGACGUCUGGAAAUCCUCCUUCAUGUUACCAGUUCACAAAAAAGGCGAUAAAAAGGAGGUCGACAACUACCGCGAUAUUACAACGCUAAGCGGAGUUCCUAAGCUGUUUGAAAUGACUAUGUUGGAACCCAUCUUCAGCCACUGCAAACAGUAUAUCUCCGAGACUCAGCAUGGAUUUACGCCAAAACGUUCAACAUCUACGAAUCUGCUGUCGUUCACAACAUAUGUGACAGAUGCCAUGUCAGACGGCCUUCAAACUGACGUUAUUUACACGGACCUUUCAGCUGCAUUUGACAAAAUUAAUCACGCUAUUGCAGUGGCAAAGUUGGAUAGACUUGGCUUUGGUACUAAUAUUUUCCGCUGAAUGCAUUGGGUCCAUUGAUUUUUCUUCUGUAUUUCAACGACGUCAACUUUUGUUCAGAAUGACCACGGUUGUCUUUCGCUGACGACCUCAAGUUAUACCACAGAAUCCGGAAUACUGAUGAUGUAGCUUUCCUUCAACGCCAAACGGGAAACCUUUGCGGAAUAGUGCGAAAUCAACCGAAUGACCCUAAAUACCAAGAAAUGCACGGUCAUUACGUUCUCCAGGAAAAACGCCAAUUCGUUUCGCAUACUGUCUAGCAGAAUCCACGAUUGACAGAGCGAAUUGUGUCAAAGAUAUUGGAGUUUUUCUUGAUGAACAACUGACUAAGCAGCAUAUCAGCUAUAUUGUCGCAAAGGCAUCAUGCUGCUUGGGGUUCAUUAUGAGAAUAUCUAAGCACUUUUCAGAAAUUUACUGCUUGAAAUCUCUUUACUGGUCACUCGUUCGUUCAACACUGGAAUAUUGUUCAGUUGUGUGGAAUCCUCAUUAUCUCAACGGUGUCUCCAUUGAAUUGAGACUGCACAGCGCAGAUUUUUUGGGUUUGCCCUUUGUCGAUUGUCUUGGCACAACCCUCACCAGCUUCCAAGUUACGAAAGUCGUGGUUUGCUUAUUGGACUGGACACAUUGCAAGUGCGGCGGGACCUAUCCCGUGCUAUGACGAUUUUGGAUAUUUUGCACGAUCGGUUCGGCUGUCCCGAACUUCUUAGUGCGAUAAAUAUGAACGUUCGUCCUCGUUCUCUUCGCAAUAAUAUAUUCCUCCAAUUACCUCUUCGCCGGACUAACUAUGGAGUUAACGGUGCCAUCAUUGGUUUGCAACGGACUUUCAACAGAGUAUAAUCCAAGUUUGACCUUCGCAUUCCACGUUACAGAUUACAGUCUAUUUUUUUAAAUAUACUAAGAAAUUAUCACUGUGUCUGUUGCUAUUAACUAUAACUAUAAAUAAAUAAAUAAACAAGUGUCACGGGAGGAGGAGAUAUUUGUUAGUAAGUAUAGAAGUUGGAUUACCGACGCCAGGGAGGUGACUUCACUAUCUGGACUAGAUAUCGAUCCAUUAACUCAUGGACCGGGGACCAAUGGUUUUACUUCCCUUCCGAAGGAAGACGUGACCACAGAUUUUUUCACCUCAGAAAAAUCUUAACGACCUCCGGUUGGGAUUGAACCCAGACCAACUAAAAUGAGGGGCGGUCACGCUUACCACUCAACCACCGGCGCCGUCAAAACGAUCAAGAAGAGGUGGAGAAGAAGAACCUCGGCAUCCCGAGCAAAUAUUCAUGGGUUCAAACACCACAUAGCCCCUUGAAAAGACCUUGAACAUGGUCCGUACCAAAAUUCACAACCAUCAAGACACCAUAAAAUGGUCUCAAUAACCCAUAAAUACACCAACAUAUAGUAUUUUAUAUGGGAUUUACAGGACCAUGGUGAUGGUGUUUUCAUGGGUUGAACUCAUUUCAAACACCCAUGACAAACCCCAUGAGCAUGGAGGUAUGAUGGGCUUUUCGUUUGCUCGGGAUCCCCGAGUAAAUUCCCAUGGCCUCAAACACAAUAUAACCCCAUAAGAAUACCAUGAAUAUGGUCCGCGCAAAAUUUUACAACCAUCAAAACACCAUGACAUGGUCUCAAAAACUCAUAAAUAUGGAAAAAGGUUUUUAAAUGGGAUCUUCCGGACCAUGGUGAUGGUGUUUUCAUGGGUUGAACCCAUUCAAAACACCAUUGUAGUGGGGCUGAAUUUGGACCGUAUGCAUGGGGGUAUUAUGGGCUUUUCGUUUGCUCAGGUCGGUCAUUACCAACGACCGGAACGAGAAUCUGUUGGCAGAUAGUUACUGCCAGGUUAAAGGGACCCUUUGCGCCAUCCUUGAUCCAGAUGAACGAGUAGCGAAUGCACAAACAGAUUAAGGAUUGGAGAUGAUGGACAAGCUAUAUAGCUAUAUAAUACGGAGUGUAAAAUGCUAUUCGACAGCUGAAAAUCGAUCAGGCCGUUCAGAGAGAACUUCAACAAGUUGGAAGACGGCACUGGUGUUUGAACGGUAAGCGUAACCUCCAGUGUGGGUCUGGGCUCAAUCCCAGCCGAGUUCGUUGAGAUUUUCAGAGGUGAAACAAUAUGUGAUCACGUUUUGCUUCGGGAGGGAAGAGUAAUAUGCUCGAUAUUUGCAAUUGACGCCCUCUAUCAGAGCCUGCACAAUCGUUUUCGGUACGUGUUUCUACUUUAUCAUCAUUUCCUUUUCGUGUUUCGCCACGAUCAGUGGGUUUUCACGUGCUGUUCCCGGUUUUCGUCCAGCUCCUGACUUAUUCGUUCCAUUGGAGGAUUUUUGAGAUGUACAUCCAUCAGGCGCGGUUCUAAAACCCAGCAAUUUGCGAAUGAAUGAAUGAAAACCUUUUCCGAAUGGUUUACUUAUUUUCUUCCAUCUUGACCGGAAUCUUACUGAAAAAUGCUGAUGUUAUCGGAUGUAAACAAUACACCCUAAAGAGAAACUUGGCAACAUUUGACUCAUUUCGGUCAAGUAUAAAAAAAGUUACGCAAGUUCAAGCGUGCCGCAAUACUUAUCGACUCAUCCCGUACGAAACAUUGAUCUGAACCGAUAGCAAUUGUAAUUAUGAUUGUCAGAUGAUCGCUAUCGUGGGAAUUAGGGAUUAGCUUCCAACCUUUCAAUGCCGUGUGUUGAGAGGAGAUCCGUAACAGUCUUCUUGAUCCAAGCGAUUAAUAUUAUAAUCAUGGACUUUGAAGUCUGUUUCUGGAGUAAACCAUGUUUCGAUGAUGGAUAAUCUCGAUUCCAGUGAUAUGACAUUUAAAAUUGUGUAUGAAAAUUUUAAAAGAAUCGAUUUUCGGGAUAAUGUUUCUGCAGUUCUACUGUAGAACAGUAAUCAGAUCCGUGAUCUCGUUCGAUAAAUCAGCCAUCAGUAGAUACAAUCGCUGUAAUGAGGAGAAAGGUUAUCAGGACACUCAGGGUCACAAAUAUUGCAGGUUGAAAGAAUCCGGUCGACAAUGUCUGAGAAUUUUAUUAAUUCAGUGCAGGAUUGUUUCUCCGUGCUGAGAACUCGUUUGCUGAAUUCUGAUUUCCGAGACCGGGAGCUAUUUGCUUCGUUUUUGCACCAGUUUCCUUGAGCUGUUAUGUUUGGAGGAUUUUGAAAGGACACCUGGCUUUUACAACGAAACAUAGGAGAAGAAAUGUUCCUCUUCAAUCUAUUGUUUCUAGGAACAGCCGAAGAUAUUUCUUUCCGGGGGUCAUCAGAGUCACAUACGUCAGUAAAAAGUUAGUUCAGAUAUUUGCAGUGAUCGGUGGCGCAGCUCUAUUUAGCAUUUCUACAAAAAAAAACGAUCGCUUAGAGCGUCCGUGAAGGAAACGCUUCAGUUUCUUCUAGCGUUGUAGGUACGCAGAACUUGUCCAGAGAUCAUGAGGCCUGCCCCUAUAGUAGAUCCACUUUUCAGCAUCCCUUCCGCUACGAUCAUCUCCAUAAUUCCUGCCGCAUUUUUACAACAAACCAUAUUACUACGAUGGAUGGCUGGGUGUUCCAAUUGCUUACAAUUGAAGCAAUUCAUGACCCGCGGCACAAAAAGGCGAACAGGUAGUUGAACUUUGUCAAAAAGGAAAUACAUAGAUAGGUAGAGCAGACCCGGCGAAGGUCACCCGAUAUAAAUCAUAGGUCCUCCUGCCGUCAGCUGCGACUGAUGCUGAAUGCAAUCGUCUUUAAAACAGCCAACCCCGUGUUUCAGCAGAUUCAUCUAAUUCAACUUUGAAUCGGAGGCCACGCUACCGAUUUCGACCUACUUUGCUGGUAAGUAAACUCUGUAUUUCUUCGUAUCAGAGCGAAUUUUCGAUACUUCUGUCACGGCUGAAUAUCGGUCCGUCAACACUCUAAAAAUCUUUUAGAGAUUUAAAAAAUAGUCUUUGGUCCGGAAGAUCACAUAAGAUUCGCUUAAGGAGCAUCGGUUUCACCUUGAGGCAAAUUUAUGUUAGAGGAAAUCAAUUUUACACGAGCCUAGGCCUCAAUCUAGACUAAAUUUGCUCCAUCGUACUGUAUAAGGGCAAUGUAAAGGGUGCACUCACUUCACCUCAUUUUGCUGCUGAGCAUAACUUUAGCUGGCUUCUCUUCCGGCGCUCACGCUACCUGCCCAGCCCAAUGAAGUCUGAUGUGUUACUUGGUGCAGCCAUGCCCCAUUUUCUAGUAUGUGUGACCGAAUGUUGAACGCUGGAUUCUCUCAAAUACACCGAGCGCUCGAUAGUUUGCUUUCUAUAGCACCCAUGUUGUAAAAUUAUAAAAGGCUAGUUGACCUAAAUAUGAAAAUCGUAGCAAAAUGCAAGAGGAGAAAAGGGAGAUAUUUUUGCAAACUUAACGCCCAAUAGUCGUGACUAUUCCCGGGCACAGGGACUCCAUCGCUUGGCUUUCUCGAAGCACAGUUUCUCGCGAUCCGCUAACGGCACCCCCGGUGAAGCCUGCUUUCUGUCCUGAUUGGUGGAAGUCUUGUGCCCUCUCGCACGUCUCUACAGCUUCUUGUUGCGAUUGCAAGUUGUCGUGGGCCUUCCUAGACAACCCCUCGACUCCCGUUGGCGUGGGCUGGUGUGCCAUGGUGGGGAGGUAGUUUGAAAAAGUUAUUGCUCGCCACACCAUGACAUGGUAUGAUUUAUCCUCAGGAAUGUCAUAUUCAAGUUCAAGUUCACAUUCCGCACACACCAGACGUUGAGAGUAUCCAGAACGGGUUGCAGUACCAGGCAGUCAAACUGAUUAUGAAUUACGAAAUAUAUUUUGAGAUUGUCAGCGAAAAAGUGUUUGCUUCCAGGACUUAUUAUAUCGGCAACGUCGUUAAUAAACCGCAAUAAUAGAAGUGGUCCGUGUGUACUACCUUGAGGAACUUCAGAGCUGUUCGAAAUGCAAUCAGAUCGAGCAGUGUCAAUACAACUAGCAAUUUGACGAUGAACGAGAUACGAUCGAAACCAGUCACAGAAGCUAGAACUGAAGGCGCAACACAUUCCUAAAGAAGAUCCAGUGAUGUGCUACAACAUUGUCGAUAUUUGCGAAAUGUUGUAACACGUUCCAUUUGAUCCGCAUUAGAGAGCGACGCAGUGAGGACUAAUUUAUCUUACGAAAGUUUAAUUUAUGGGUAAUCGUUUCGUCUUCAUAAUGAAGAGAACGGUGUAGCUUCAGAAAAAUUGUUAAGGAUGAUAAUUGUCAACGGGUACUAGAACGUCGGGCGCUUCCACAACAGAACUUACACGUAAUUCACUUUCACCUACAAAAACUAGGUCCAACGAGCUAGACAGAUGAUUGGAAAGUAGACUAACCUGUUUCAGUCCAUGAAAGACUAUUCCACCAAUAAGCAGACGACUCGAAGGAUUGUAAGUGAGGAUGUCGAGUGUCGACUGCCCAGAAAAAUGAUGAAUUUUUGAAAACUCAAUCGGCCCACCCCUGAGUCGAUUCCUAGUCCCAUCAGGAGUAUUUGCAUCAAAUUUGAAGCAAACCUAGCUACCGGACCAACGCGCCUGAAGUUUGCAUGAAAUUUUUCGACAAUUUACAUGGAGAAAACCCACUAGCUCGCAAUUUCGUCGCUAGGUGGCACUGUAUUCAUCGUAUUAUCACUGCAAGUGAAAAUAAGAAAGAUAAUUUAAUUGUCUACAACUUUGUCGAAGGAUGCUAGUAAAUCCGGCUUCGUUGAAAUAAGUUAUUAAACUUUUAACAAAAUGAUGGCUGAGUCAGUUUUGCAUGGGGCCUAACAGCGCUUGGUUAUGUAUCAGUACGCGAAUUCCACGAACUAUAUAUUUUUGUGAAAUAAUGGUUAGAUUUAACUGAAUAGUAUGGUCAGAACAAUUGUAGUACAUGAUACGAGUUGUGUUUUGGUUAGAAAAUUUUAAUUCCACCUGUGACAGCAUAGAGGGCGCUAACACUAACUUUUUAUGGAAGAGAGAUAGAAUAUUGAGAUGUCCGGAAGAAUUACUGCAAAUUGCCUGCUCUACAACUUUGUAGAAGACACCCAAUUUCUAUCUCUACCCGUUGAAAAGUUAGUGUUAGCGCCAAGUUAACAAGGACGGAUUGAGUAGCAGUCUUCGACAAAGUUGUAGAGAAUUAAAUUAUCUUUCUUAUUUUCGCUUAUAGUGAUAAUACGAUGUAUACAGUGCCACCUAGCGGCAAAAAUGCGAGCUAGCGGGUUUUCUCCAUAUAAAUUGUCGAAAAAUCCCAUGCAAACUUCAGGCACGUUGGUCCGGUAGCUAGACUUGUCUGAUUUGCUUAAAAUUUGGAGCAAGCACUGCCGGUAGGACAAGGAAUUGUCUCAGGGGUGGGCCGAUAUAGGUCAUUUUUUUCUUGUCACACUAAUGUCGAGCCUGGGAAUGUAAAAUCAGGUCCCGAUGGGAUCCAAAUGAGUCUAGGCUGGUUGAUAUCUUCAAACAGGACUAAUAUGCCACUCGAAUCUGCUAUAGAACAGACAUAUUUCACGGUAUGAAGAUGAAACUGCACAAUCUUACAGUCAUGUGGCGUUUACGGAGGUAUGUAAGCAGUUCCAAUGAAACAGUUUCUACGUUUCAUUCAGAUAUGCUGAAUGGUAUAUAAACCGCCUUACGGACUCCGACAAAAAACGAAAAUGUUAGACACAGCAAUAAGAACACCACCACCACGCGAACGGAUAGCAUUUUAUCAUUCAACCAGAUCUUAGUGAGAAUGUAACAUCAAAAUAUACAUCGUCAAGCUUUGUUCCAAAUUCUCUUGUAUUUUGAUAAUACACCGGUAGCGUGUUGUUUGCAUCAGCCGCACUUAGUGAAGAAAGCUCAAGCCUGGCGGUAGUAACGAGGCAAGGAACAGCCAACCCGGCAGAGGGAGCUAUCUUGAUGACAUUUUUCUUGUACCUCCUUGAUGCUGCUGCUUAUCUGCAACUGAUGUUUGACGAGAAGGGUAGUGGUCUUUUCCGAUUGAUCGAAUCAACACCAAAUGAGUUCUAAACUGAUAGUUAGGCCAGUGAGAUUCUUUGCGCCCCACAAUAUACCAUUGUAUACUUUCCAGGUUAUACCAAGCCUGCAUUACUCUUCUGCUCGUGUUAGUCGUGAGAGAGAACAAUGUUCGCUCAGCUUAUUCCCCACAGCGAGAGUAGAUGCCCUCGGAUUCUUUGCAGUUAGCUAGGGACGCGAAAUGAUACACUUAACUAAACCAACCGAACCGUUCACCAACGCAAAAGAUUUAAAGUCAGGUGUUAACGGCACAGAACAGCGGUGAGCAUUUUUCUUUACCUCAACAUGCCUUAAAUUGCUACACAGACAGGAUACAGAAGGAUUGAAAAGAGCAUACUUGUAACUGUUCAACUCUUUGAGGGCUGAUUUCUUCACCCGCGUUUCACUUUCAAACCAGGAUUAGCGCACAAUAACCCCUUAGUAAUAAAAAGCGUGAAAACUGUCCAAAAAAGUUAUCAAGCAAUCGUUUUGAUUCGAUAUUAUCUGAUUUCAGCUAAUUAUCCCAGACUUCCCAUGAACAUCGAAAAGUGUGGAUCUGUGUACAAAAUUUCGCGCACGCGUUCAACUUCGAACAUGCUUCGUUUCGAUGUACAGACUCGCCCCGAACAUCGAACCCAAGCGAACGAUGUACAAACUCUAGUUCAAACAUUUUUUGCACGUACACCGGGUGCGUACACGAGCACGAUUCGCACAAGGCACAAAGAGUCAACGCUAGUGUUGAUGAAAGCGAAAAAGAGAAAACUGGUGCCACGAAUCUGUGUGUUCGCCUGGUGUACGCUCACCGUGUAUGUACAGGGGGUUCGGUUGUGCCUGGCGAACAUGUGCACAUUGUGCACGUGUUUUGGUACGAAACAGUCGUACACAAAAUUUGGGUUUAAUAUGAGCACAGAACCAGAGCGAACAUUGUGUACGAUGUUCGUUUGGGAAGACUGAGUUAUCCUCCAGUGAGAGAUAUGCGGAGACGCCAUCUUGAGCCAGCGAAACUGUCAAAUUUUUGAGCCAGCCGGGUCAAUCUAUCUCUUUUUGGACGCACUGCAAGAUUUUAACAAUGGAAUUGAAGGUUGCCAUUUUUGUCAUUUCUCUCCGCAUAUCUCUCUGUUCAUAUUAUUCUUGAAGUCUACUUCCAGGAUAAUACAAAUCUCCGAGUUGAAGUAUCACUAGACGUGGCAACACUGGGUCAAUAAGUUUGAAGGGAUAGCUGAUAAGCGAGUUCGCAUACAAUAUGUUGUGCGACAUUCCGCUUAUUUCUCUGACAUUAACCACCCGUUUUUUUCACGCAAUAUUUCUUAUUAUGCUUUUUGAUAGCAGCACUGUGAAAAUAUUGAUACCUAUUAGGUUCUUUACUGAUACAGUUAUCCUUACUUUUCUUGACAGUUCAGUAGUACUGUUUACAUAGAAUACUUUACGGUAACGUCAUAAAUGAACUCGAGUGUUCAUUUUUGACAGUUCGCUUGUAAUGUUUAUAUGCACAUUGAAAUAUUCUUUGCGAUUUACUACGAGCGAAUCUAGUCGUCCAUGAAAUUUUUCUAAACCCAUGUAAACAAUACUAGCAAACUGUCAAGAAAAGUGAGGUUAAUUGUGUCAGUAAAGAACCUAAUGCACUCUGAUUAAUAUAAUUGAAAGAGGGAAGGAUCCCGCUUUAUUUUCCACUUGCCAUAAAAGAAAACUGCAACAAAAUAGAAUAGCUUUAGAGACCUACUAAGAGAACACAAAACCAACUACAAUAAUAACACAACUGUUUAUGAAUGUUUGUACAUGCAAAACAAAUUCCUAACUAUUUAUAAUUAUGAAGCGCUAAACAUACUGAUGUUACUAAAAGAAACAAAGAAAACUGUUAGCAACAAACAACAACAAAUGUACUUUACGUGCCUUCUCUUUGAACACACAAAAAACAAGUUUAAAUCAAAUCUAUUGGUUCUUUCUCUUAAAUGACAAUGAAAAAAAUAGUUUCUUUAGUAAGUAGUAACAGCAGACAACAAAUUUUGAAUGUUUUUAAAUCGCUAUUGUCACAAUGUCUAACAUUAUCGGUUCAUGCACAGUCAGCGAUAAAAUCGACUUCAAUUUCAUUCAGUCCUUCGUCGACCUAUGAAAUAGUAAAAAAAUAUAAUAUUAAAGUACCAAUACUGUAGCGAGAAAAAGCAAACAACCCAAACUCGUGCCAAUGGAUAUUCAUGACUAGCACUAGGACGAUUCCUCGUACAAAACAAAAAAAACAACACACUCACCGGAAGCGAACAAACAUCUUGCCAAUACCUACUUGUGUCCCCCUACAUUUAUACAUUGCAUGUAAUGGUGCGACGAAACUGUCGAAAAACCACAAAAGAUUUCAUUUCGUAGUAGCCAUUGUAGUUUUUUUUCUUAAGGUUCUGAAAUAAACAACACUCCUCGUCGUAAAUUCUAAUAUCGAUGCAUACAACUACUCGUAGAGUUACAAUAUUAACGAUAGAGCAUAUCAAACACUCACCGAAAUAAAAAAAAGAACUCAUUAAUUUCUGUUCAUAUAAACAUUCACAUCUGCAAAGAGCAGUCAAUAAAUCCUCGUUUUACGUGGUAGUUUUAUCUCGCAUUCGCACGAAUUCCAUUAAUUUUUCUCCAGCCGAUAUAGUUACACAGAAAAAAAAAUCCGACUUAGCGAUAUUUGAGAUUAAUAUAUACAUCAUAAAAACCUAUUGAUAUAUACAAACUUUAGAGAAAGUCUCAUGUAACAAAACCAUUAUCGAACGCAUAUUGUUAUCAAUGUACUUGUAUAAGUGUCUUUGCGUGCAUACAGAUAAACUAUUAAAAUGUUGAAAGUGUGAAUCAAUAAAAAAUCAGUCACACACACUCAGAUACUUUUGUAUUUAAAAACAGACAAAAAACUAUUGACUCUAAAAACGAGGUUUCCGCUGAGUGCAAAAAACUUUGGAAAACCGAACAAACAUAGUAUGAAACAAAGGGUAGCGUCGCAAAUAAGCAUCACCAAUACUCUCAUCACACAACAAAGCAAGCACACGAACACGUUUGUACACCGUUGUUUUUUGUGCGCGUGUCGAUUUUGUACUCUCGCAACUCACGCGCGCAAACCCCCCACACACACACAUUCUCACGACGUGUAAUCGCAUGCAAACAUUGAUUAGUUAUCGAUGAUCAUUGUAUGUGUAUGAAUAGCGAAAUAACAAAAACAAAUAAGGAAUAGCAAUCGAAUUGAGUAAAUUCGCUCAAAUUGUAAACACAGAAAGGCGCCUUGUGCAAACAAAUUAGAGGGAAGAGAAGAAAAAAACACACACGUAGAAGAUUUCAUUAAUUUAUCUAUUAUAGAAAUGUGAAUAGCAAGAAAAGAACCAAACUUCUAGGAAAUUAAGCCCUGUCAGAUAUUAGCAAAGAGGUAACUUUUUAAAAGGAAUACGCAAAUCAAAGAGACAUCACUCUGUGUGGGUGUGUGUCGAACAUGUCUAUGGACGGUAGUCUGUCAAAAUUUCUACUCAUAGAAUUUUGAAACUAAAUGCUAAGGUCUUAAAAUUAUACAUCUACUGAAAACAGAAAAUGAUGACAUGAUUUG